GUGUGUGUGUGUGUGUGUGUGUGUGUGUGUGUGUGUGUGUGAGUGAAGUGGGUGCACGCGAGCCACCAGGAAGCGUUUUGAGAUGUUUAAAAAAUUUUAGGUUUUAUGGAGCUGUCGGACAUAAAAGUGAGAAGGGACGGGGGAGGGGGUCUUUUAUGUGAAAUUAUUGAUGAAGCUGUCUUUGUUAGUUUGGAUACUUUUUAUAUUUAAAGGAAGUGAUGCAAAAAAAUAAAUAAAAAUAAAUAAAAGGCAUAAAGCUAGAAUGUAUGUGUAGGGGAGUACUACUGUCCUGUUAGUUCAUACCAAUAUUUUAAGUAAAUAAACAGUUGUGUUUCCAUAUUCAGUUUACUUUUUGUUAUUUGUAUCAUAAAAAGAAAUGUGAUUUGUAUCUCUGCUGUGUUAAUUCAGGAAGCAGAAAGAUCUUCCUCCAGAUUGUGAGACCUUGAUUUCAAAAUAAAACAAAUUGUACUUCCACAUGAUGAGGCAAAUUUUGAAUCACAACAGGGAGUCUGAUUCUUUCUCUCAGCCCGGAUAAAAGGCUUCAGACAUUUGGAGGCAGCGCUGUUCAAAUUGAUUUCCUGUGAAGUGGCCUUUUGAGGCGGUGGAUGCACAACUCUGCCCCCUGGCGUCGCUGAAGCGCAGGUGUCACUUCUUCACUCGCCCGGGCCUCACGGGCCUUCCUGACGUGGCGGGUCGCUAAAGGUUCGGUCCGCUCCUCCGUGGGCCGCGGUGAUUGGGCAGCGCACCUGUUUCGGAAAAGCUUUCCGAAACACUAAACACACAGGUGGCGGCGGCGGCAUGGGCUGCCGCUUAUGUAAAUAAAACAGAAGUGAAACCUCGUCACUCUGCUCAGGCGCAGCUCAAUGUUGAGCAGAUAGAGAGAAGUUUGGACUCCAGAAAGAGCCAUGCCUCAGCUCGGCCCGGCCGCCGCGCUGCAGAUCGCGCUCCUGCUCUCCGCCGUGCCCGCGCAGUACUACAUCUCCCGGUGGUGCGGCUCCACCGCGGCGCAGCGCUACCACGCAACCACCCGGUUGCUCCGCAUGUGGAGACAGUGGAGGACGUCAUACCUUAACGCCACUGCGUGGAGUGACUGGACAAACCAGCAGCUGUCCAAAGUUAAGUCUCUGGUUGGGUUGGGACAAGAAGAGGAACAAGUGUCUCGACCAAUAGAAACCAUGAUAUUUGAUAAUGAUCAUGGAUUCUUUGGAGCCUCCAAGGCAGUGCGCCGCCCUCGCCCCCCGUUUGUGUUCCUGCGGGUCGGAGAGGUGGUGAUGGAGAGGAAGGGCCACAUGAUCGGGGUGGUGGUGAGCUGGGACGAAGAACUGCGAGCUCCUCAGGAGUGGGUGGACCGAAUGUAUUCGAACUCUGAGGACACAAAGGCAGAGAAGACGCCACAUUACAAGGUGCUGUUCGGGGGACCCGGACCCUCUUCCCUGAUGGUCGCAUAUUUGCCUCAAACACAGCUGGAGCGCAUCACUGGGAUGAGGCCGGACAUUCCCACCCUGGAGAACUACUUCACACACUUUGACGGGACGCGCUUCGUCAUGCAGGACUGGCUCCGGGAGCUGUUCCCAGAGGACGAGGCCGACGACAGCUGACUGGGACGGUUCUCACAAUCGCGCUCCCGAGCUUGGUCUCAGUUUGUCGUGACGUUUCUUCCAAGACAGGUAUUGAACUCAAAACACCAGUGGGUGUGCAACCCAGAGACACACACUGAACCUCUCCUCACCGGGACUCUCUUUUGCCUUUUUGGGAUGUGGAGACAAAUACUGGUAUUAGAAAUAACGAAUGUAAGAAAGUUGUCUUUCUUAUAUACUUUACAGUAUUUUAGCUUAAAGUCUGCAGAUAUUUUUAAUGAAAGCCACCGGGACUGCCUCGACUUUGGCAAAGACUCUGAAAUUUGAGCAUCUGUUCAAGCGUGCAAUAAAGUGUUUCCAAACUCUCCAAA